ACAGGACACCACCACUGUUCAGUUUGACUCUUCCCAAACAGAAGAUGGAGAACAACAAUCCCAGCAUCCUUCCACGAUGGCCAGCCCCUCUCCUCCUGCAGCAGCGGAUCCACAGGACACCACCACUGUUCAGUCUGACUCUCAGAGCUCUCCAACCACCCAGCCAGCCGCUUCCCAAACACCAGAUGGAGGAGAACAAUCCCAGCAGCCUUCCACGAUGGGCGGCACCUCUCCUCGAGCCAGCUCCCCAUGGCACUCCAGCUCCUGGCUCCCUGGCACUUCACCCGCAGUAACAGGCACUCCAGUCCCUGAGGAGCUCCACCUGAUCUCUGACAGUAUGGUCUGGCCGGAGGCUUGGCAGUACUGCAGAGAUCACUACACUGACCUAGUGAGCCUCACAAGCCUGGCUGCACAGAACAGAGUGUCGGAGCUCGUCAGGAACAGCACUGCGUCGCGAUUCUGGAUCGGCCUGCACAGAACCGUGGUGUAUGAUAAAUGGUACUGGGUUGCUGGUAAGGAUAAGAGGGCCCCCCUAAACUACACUAACUGGGCCCCUGGGGAGCCCAACAAUCCUUACUAUGAGCACUGCGGGGAGAUGGUGCUGGGGGAGGAUGGGGGGGCUGAGUGGAAUGAUCUGUGCUGCUAUGAAAAGCUCCCCUUUAUCUGUUUCAAAGGUUAAAAACACAAACUAAAAGGUUUUAUAGCACUGCUUCUCAAACAUUCUAUAGUAUAAAGUCACUUAAGUCUAAAAAAAAGCGAUUUCCAAAAACGUUAUAGAAAUAUCUGAGUCUAAAUUUUGUUGUAUAAACGUGGCAUGUGUGAACAAUAAAGCAAAACAAAGCAAUGCAAGUUCUAUAGAUGAUGAUAAUGUGUAGCAAUCUUAAAGGGGCAAUAAUUAAUUAUGAAAGACUUAUUGAGGCUGAUUGUGAGAUGGGGAAGCAUUAUACUGUUGCACAGGCUUCAGUGCACAAUGCUUGUCUUAUGGUCUUCAUUGUACAGUACAACAUUAAUAUGAUUCCCCUCCUCACUUCCUUACAAUCAGCAUUGAGGAGUCUUUUCAGAAGCUGCUGUUUACUUGUUUUUCUUAUAGUUCAGGAUAUGCAGCUAUUUAAAAUGCCAGGCUGUAGAUAAACUGCUGCAUCCUGGUACCUGUGCUGUAGGUCCCUGGUUCUGAUUGAGGCUGGACCAUUGGAGAGAGUUUGAACUGCAAUACAAGGACUGAUCAGCUACCAGGAAGCAGCAGCAACUUGGUUUAAAUUAUUAUUAUUAUUAU